CAGUAAAGUAACUUGGCAACAGCAGCGUAAUGAAGUUAUCAACAAACGGAAAGUUGCGAAACUUGAAAACAAACUGCUGAAUGGGCGUUGGCAUACAAUGUUACAAACUAAAAGUUGGAGUUACUGAUAAACACUGAUUAUAACCAGAUAACUGAUCGCCUUCUAUACGAUAACAAAUUUGAUUCAAUAUAGGACACAAAAGAUAAAAAAAUACGUAUUUCAUACGGACGACGCGUGUGUGUGUAUCAUCAUUGUUAUUAUUCGGUUUUUCUUAAUUACUAUUCAAUUUAAAAAAUAAAUUAAAUUAAAACAGUAAAACUAAAAUGUCAGUUUCUAGAAGCAACAGUUUUAAUUCAUGUUUCCGUAUCGAACAACGCCUAAAGCUUACAAUUUGAUUAUGGUGACUCAUGCGAAAAGAAAAUUGAAAAAAUCAUAUUAAAUUCGAUUAUUGACUUAUUAUGUUCUCGAAAGUGUUUUUAUUUUCAUUGUCGUGUGUCAGUGUAGCUUCGCAGUCUAAUAAGGAUUUAUACAAUGGACAGUUUAAUGCGUAUUAUAACAAACAAGACCAAAACAAGGAAUACAGGGUCCCUAGUCCUGGCGACACUGAUUACAGGACCUACAUAUACAAUAACAGACGUUAUGGGACGGACCCGACGAGGUCCAACCCUUACAACCCUAAUAUAAACCAACCAGGAGGAUUUCCUUACAACCCCAUCAACACUAACCCCCUGGAUGAGCAGUUUAAAUAUAACACUAAUCGGGACCCAAAUAAUCCGGAUGCACUGUUCCCUGGUGUCCUUGGAGGAUGGAGAGAAGAUCUGCAGGGCAGAGAGCGAAGGGAUUCAAGGCAGUUGAAACGGGAUAUAUUUGUUACCACUAGCUAUGGACAAGUACAGGGCUUUAAGGUAUAUCUAUAUGAUAACCCAGAUCCUGAUUCAGGCUACCGACCCUGGCUGACACCAGUUGAAAGGAUACAAGGAGAAGUCUCUGUAUUCCUUGGGAUACCUUAUGCAAGACCUCCAGUCUUAGAGGGUAGAUUCAAGCCUCCCCGACAACAUCCUGGCUGGCAGUUAAUCCAAGCAGUGGACUGGGGUCCAGCAUGUCCCCAGCCUGUUCGCUUCACCGGAGCCACUAAAGGCAUAAGGGACAUGGAUGAAGAUUGCCUUUACUUGAAUAUAUUCUCGCCAAACUCGGAGGCAGGCUCCACUGCACAGCGAUACCCGGUGAUGGUCUACAUCCACGGAGGCCAGUUCAUGUCGGGCGCAUCCAACCUGUUUCCGGCGCACAUGAUGGCGGCCUUUUAUAACGUGGUCGUCGUCAGCUUAAAUUAUAGACUCGGAGCUUUGGGCUUCCUAUCGACCGCCGACGAGAACUCUCCCGGCAACUAUGGUAUCCUGGACCAGAUGAUGGCGCUCCGCUGGGUGUACGACAACAUAGCGGCGUUCAACGGGGACCCUGGCUCCAUUACUCUGUUUGGUCCCGGAGCCGGCGCGGCAUCAGCCGGUAUACUGGCAAUAGCUCCUCAGACUAGACAUAUGGUGGCGAGGGUCAUAGCACAGAGCGGAUCAGUGUUAGCGGACUGGGCGAUGAUAGAAGAUAAGUUCCGCGUGCAGAACACCUCUGUGGUGUUUGGCCGGAUGCUGGGAUGUCCCACCGACUCCUCCUGGAGGCUGCUCAACUGCCUCCGACAAGGGAGGAGCUUCUACGAACUUGGCAACGCAGAGUUUCAGCCGCAAGUCGGGUUCAUCCCCUGGGGCCCAUUCCUGGCCGAGAACGUGUCGCUCCCGGGCGACGAGUGGUACGAGGGGUGGCGCAGCCGGGACUGGGCCCUGCUGCCCGCCGCGCCGGCCGCCAUGCUGCAGGAGGGGCAGUUCAACCCGGCGCUGAGGUAUAUGACCGGCGUCACUACGCAGGAGGCGGCCUACUAUCUGUACAACAACGAGUCGCUGGCGCCCACUUACGCGGUGUCGGAGCACUGGGUGGACGAGCGGGUGCGCGAGCUGGUGCGGCGCUACAACUACACGCUCAACCCGCGCGGCGUGUACGAGGCCGUGCGCUACAUGUACACGCACCACCCCGCGCCGCACUGCGCCGCCGCCGCGCGCGACCAGUACAUUCACCUCCUGUCGGACUUCCUGUACCGCGCGCCGACGGACCGGCUGGUGAAGCUGCUGCUGGGGCGGCGCGUGCCCGUGUACAUGUACGUGAUGAACACCACGGUGGAGGCAUUGCGGCUGGACGCGUGGAGACAGUACCCGCACGACAUAGAAUGGCUGUUCCUCACCGGAGCGCCCUUCAUGGACCAGGAGUUCUUCCCCAAUAAGUACCGGCUCGAGAGACAGGCGUGGACCAAUAACGACAGGAACAUGAGCCAUUUCUUCAUGAAGGCUUAUACGGAUUUCGCCAGGUUCGGAAAUCCAACCCGUUCUCGAAUCCUGGGGAUACACUUCGAAAUGGCCACCGAGGGCCAGCUGCGCUACCUGAAUCUGAACACGACCUUCAAUUCGAGCAUCGAGCUCAACUACCGGCAGACGGAGCUCGCGUUCUGGACGGUCUACCUGCCCACCGUCAUAGGCAGGGUGCUCCCCACCUACCCGCCCAUCACCGAGUAUUGGUGGGAGCCGAAGCAGCCUCUACAGAUAGCCUUCUGGACGGUCUCCAGCGCCUGCCUUCUGCUGGUGGCGUUGCUGGUGGUGUGCUGCAUGCUGUGGAGGAACGCCAAGCGGGCGGCGCCUCCCAAGUGGAAAAUGGUUCCUAUUCAAGAGAGCGACCGCUACUACGCGGACGACGUGUUCGUCGUGCCGGAAGCGGAAGACGUGGGUAUAGACAACACGAACAGGUCCAGGGACAACAUCUACGAGUACAGGGAUCUGCCGCUGAAGAGGCCGCACACUCCACAGACUAUAUCUAGAAGCUUGAGUCAACCUCAAACGAUGCAGUCGUCCAACGCUCCGUCCGUGGCGUCGACCGGGUCGGCUCUGUCCCUGCGCGACUCCGUGUCCAGGGAGCCGCAGCCGCGGACGACAAUGGUCAGAGGGAUCCCACAAACCACCGUGUAAAUGGGCAUAAUGAUCGGAAACCCUUUGCAACAAUAAUUUGUAAGAUCUGUGCCUCCAGCGAAAUUGUAGUUUAAUGAGAAUUGUAAUUGUGAACGUAAAAAUUUAUUCAACGAAAAUCCCGAAGGAAUUUAAAUCAAUAAACUUCUUUCACUAGCGCCGCAGAUCUGUGUCUAGACUGAAUCGAUUUUCAUAAAUAGUCUAGUGCAAUAUUGGUUGAUUACAUUAAAAUAUUGUGGAAAUUAUAGUAUUAGGUAUAGUAGUUUACGGUAGGCAGCUGCUUGGCUAUGCCCCUGGCAUUGCUGAAGUUCAUGACAGUAGCCACUCAUCAGGUGGGCCGAAUGCUCGUCUCUAGGGCAAUAAAAAAUAUAAAAAAUAAAGAUUACGCGGACGUGUAUAAUCGAUUAAUGGAUGUCCGGACUACCGACCUACCUCAUUACCUUCAUUUAACAAUUCUCAAUCUUCAAACAUCGUUGUAUUAUUGAGAAUACUUCACUUUGAGCCAACAAUUACUCUUUUUUUAUGUUACUAUUUUAUACAUUGCCUUCCGUGCGUACACCAACUUUGUUGACGGGGUGCCGAUAGUGAUAAUAAUAACUGGAAACAAAUGACGCGCGGCAUCUAGCCCCAAUUGGUAAUUCCCGGCGUUAUAGAGACCAGACAUACUUAUAUAUGUUUAUAUAAAUAGAUAAUAAAUACCCAGACAAAGAAAAAACAAACCAGUUCAUCACACAAUGUUUGCCUGAUGUGGGAAUCGAACCCACGACCAGUACAACGACCCAACAGUCAGACUACUGCUACACCGAGUCGGUGAAAUAUAUACAUCAGUGAAUUAAAUAUAUAAAUCAGAAAUUGGCAACAUCGCAUGAUUUAUGUAACUGGCAAUCGCAUUUCUUAUGAAGUUAAAUGUGAAGGCUAGUUUUUUAAUUAGUCGUAAUAAUAUUAUCUUUAUACACGAUAAAUUAAAAAAAAAUGUUUUAGAAAGGACAAUGCCCAUUUUCUUUGGACGUUUGGGUCCCUAAAAAAAGUUGUCGGUCAUGAUGGUUUUAACUAAUUUGAUAGACAAAGAAAUAUCGUUUCAUAUUCAGAAAACGAUUUUUAUAUUCUCACCCAGAUUUAAAAGAAAUCUGUUUUUUUUUGCAGCUAAAAUUAAGUUGUUAAUUGUUUUCUUCGAAAUCAAUAAUCGCUCUCAUAGUUAGUUACAGUGUUAAGUAAGUUAAUUUUGUUUAAUGUUGGUAGAAAUAAGCCCUUAUGUACAUUUUAUUAUUAUUAUAUCCUCAUAAUAAUAAUAAAAUGAAGGUGGUUUCUGAGAAUGGACUUCAUUGACCCUUCUUUCAGAAUAAAAAAUCCGGAAGCCGGCAACGAUAUUGUUGUUGUUGUUUUUAAAUUCGCCAAUAGGCAGGCAAAGAGCGUAGCCUAUACAGCCUAGUCGUAGUUAUAUUAUUUUCGUGUCAAUAAAAAGCCGGUGUAUCUCUUUUUAUUGCUUUAUGGGAGUUUUCUCGACGAAUAGUACAUUUACUGAGCGUGAGUUUCCGCAGACCUUUUAUCUUGAAAAAAAAACAAUCACUGCUAUGCUAGCCACAAUUUUAUUCCAAUAUCUCAAUAAUCGUGAACAAUGAUUAUUGACGUUUAAUACACAAAACAACACCCAAUUUAUACAUAUCACAAUAAACUAUUAAAAAAAACAUUAAAAUAAAACUUCAAGUGACGCUUCACUCGGGUUGCUGCCAAAACUCUCUGACUAUGGUCAGAGAGUUUUGAUAAUAAGAAUAAGUAAUGGUGGGCCAUUGAGAUUUAUACUAAUGGAAUCGUACAAAAAUACAUACAGCCCUAAAUUUUCACCCCUCUACGAUCAACCCUUAUUUUUUAUUUGCUAGAAGAAGAAGAAGAAAAUUUGCUAAUUUAAUUUAUUUGCUAAUUUAAAACUUUAAUUUUUUUUGCCAGAAUUUUCAUUUUUAUUUUUAUUUUGUCAUGAAUUAAAAUAAAAAACCUGAUGUUACUCUAAAUUUUUCAUCCCUCUUACGAUCAACCCCUAUUUUUUAUUUGUUAAUUAUAAACUUUAAUUUUUUUGGCAAGAUUUUCAUUUUUAUUUUUAUCUUGUCAUGAAUUAAAAUAAAAAACCUGAUGUUACUAUGGCGGGUAGCCAUCAUACAACGCAAAAUAUUUGACAGAUGCCUGAAUCUCGCAUACGACAUUUUCAAGAUAAGCUUGCAUAUAUACAAGUUCCGAAUAACAACAUUCGGACCGUAACUUAAUUUUUUUUGGCAAGUUUUUUUUUUAUUUUGUCAUGACUUAAAAUAAAGAAAAUCAUAUUACUCUCAAUUUUCACUCUUAUACGAUCAACCCCUAUUUUUCCAUCCCGAUUUUUAUUUUUUUUAUUCUAUGCACAGAUUCGCAAUAAGGUUGCAAGAUGGCAAUCAAUUAAUAUAAUUGUAGUACGAUAAAUUCUUAUUCAGAGCUUAUAAUUUGAAGUUCCUUUAAUUAUGAUUUUUUUUAAAUUCGAUUUGAUCUCCCGCCCUCGCCGUUCGACUACUGAUCAACUAUCAAUCGAUCAGUUAUCCCCGCCAUGUGUCACCACUCAUCCAGCAAACAUCACGUAGUAAGGAUGAGGACGAAGCCGGUCUCCUGUCUUACUUACUCACUAUACAUCAUAGAUUAUACACUUAAUGUAUUUGAGAGCUAUACAAUACUAUACAUUUUUCAGCCAUGUUUUUUUGGUUUUAUUUGUGUAUCAAUAGCACGUUCAGUAGGUCUGAGAAUCGGCUACUACCUAUCUAUUUUUCAUACCCCUAAGUAAUAAGGGUUGUCCACCCCAAACAUUUAUUUUUUGGAUAAUUUUUUUUUUGUCAUAAUGAGGUACUAUGUGGUUAAAUGAGGUUUUUUUUUCUACACUAGAAUUUCCCUAGAAAUCUUAUUUAAGGCAAAACAACGUUUGCCGGGUCAGCUAUUUACUAUAUAUAUAUAUAAAUAUUAAAUUGAACAAAAAUAAACUAAAAAAGUCUGAAUUAUAACCAUUAUCUACUUUUUUUUUAUUUGUUGUUCAAAUCACAGAACUCUUUCGUUGGCAGCAUUUAAGUUUACUAUAACGCUGUAUGCGCUAAGCCCUUUGUAUACCUAUUGGCGAAUUUAAAAACUAUGAAGUAUGAAUGGUGGAAGUACUCAGUUUUCGGAUGUUAUCAAAUAAGUAAUUUAUUUUUUUGUAAAAUAAUGCCAAUGUGAAAGUAAUGUUGAUACAUAAACUAAACAUCGUGAAAAAAUAAGGCAUAGUUUUUCAAGUAGGUACAAAUAGUUUUGACACAAAGUUGGCCCACUUUUGGGCAUUGUCCUUUAGUAGAUGUUAGUGUUAGUAUAAUGAAGCGGUUCAACCGCCGGCGGGCGCGGCUGCCGCACAGGCGAUCCGUCCGCUGUCGGCGGGACCGCAGACUGUUAGUUAUUAGGAAAACUGUUCGUGAAAUUGUCCGUCCAUGUGAAACGUGCCUUUGUAUUAUAUUUAUUCAUUUUUUGUAAACAAAGAAUUAAAGACAUUUUGAAUCUACAA